GUAUUCACCCAACUUCGCGAUCUGGCCAUUCAGCAGAAUUUCAAGGCAGAUGAUCAAGAAGGCUCAGACAAGGCCUUCAAGCUACAUUUUGCCCUUCAGGAUGUUCCAAUGUGUCGUGGUGCAUUUGCGCGCCUGCACUUGAUGGGCGUGAGCCCACGACUUACAUCUCUGCAGAAGAAUGUGAUGCAAGGCAAACGUCUCCCCGACGUUGAUGUCCGCUACUUGAAAAAAAGCAAGGGUAAGCAGCGGAGCAGCAAGAGUGGAGAGGUAUUUUCCUAUCUUCAAUCGCUUUACGAGUCCGUCGCGGAGACUUUACCUGAAAACGACAACACGAGGGAGGACUUCGACGACUCAGACAAGGAGGAAGUCAAGCAGAGCAACGAUAUCAUAUUACUUCACAGCAAACCUGACAGCUCGGAUCCCUUGACGCAAGAAGACCGUGUUCGUUACUUGCCUCCCGGUUCCAUGUUCGAAACUUACAAGCAAUAUCUUGCCUUGAAGAACACCUACUGCUGCUUCACGACCUUCGUUGCAAUUUGGAGGGACCACUUCAGUCACAUGCUGUUCCGGCAAAGUCAGCAACACGCUGUGUGUGCCGUGUGCACGCAGCACAAACUUCUGAUCAAGUGCCUGUCGCACAACUUGAAGGCUCAAAACAAGCAGCGCUGUCUCUACGAGCGACAUCUUGCAGCACAGUAUGAAGACCGCCAGCUCUAUUGGCGGGUUCGGGGUAGAUCCAGGAGCGGCCCCGACUCUCAGACGCUGAGUCUCAUCAUCGACAGCGUGGAUCAGCAGAAGUGCUCGUGGCCGCGAGCUCGGGCGUUCAAGUCCAAACAAUUCGACGCCUUUCAAAGGCCGCGUUUGCAUGUCACGGCCUGCCUAGCCCACGGCUAUUCUGCUCUGAUCUUCCUGUCCCACUCCGAUGUCUCGCAGUGCGGCUCAACCACUGUUGAGGAGAUACUUGGGGGUGGUGUUUUCCGUUGA